UAAUAGAAUAAAAGCACGCUUACCACCACUAUUCUUAUCAUGAAGGUAACAAGUGUCUUUGUGGUCCUGACACUGUUCAGCUACUUUGAAGAUGUUGCUACUCAAGCUAGGUACAAGGAAGGCAUGUGCCUUGAAUUCCAACCCUUAUUACGCAGUGGGAGUUUAUAUUGCAGUAGAGACAUCGACCCUAUCAUUGGUCCAGAUGGCAAGACACACACAAACAAGUGUGUCAUGUGCCGUGAAGUCUUAAGAAAAAGAGGAUUCGCUAUUAAUGAUGGCUGGUCUACGAGUACUACAGAAAAGGAUGACGGCUGCAGUGAAUACAUGCCGUAUUUCAAGAAAGAAGGAAUUAUCUGUACGCGAGAGAAUGACCCAGUUCGUGAUGUUUUUGGCAGACAAUAUAGCAAUAAGUGCAUGAUGUGUGCACAAAAGUUUAAAAAUGAAGGUUACACUGCAUCAUAUGAGAAGAAGGAAGCAGAAAUUGAAAGAAAGGAGAGGGGUGAUGAGUGCUAUGAAUAUCGGUCACAAGUGAGACCUGAUGGAGGACUCACCUGCACCCGUGAGAAUGACCCAAUACGUGACAUUUUUGGCCGAAUGCAUAUCAACACAUGCUUGAUGUGUGCAGAAAUAUUCAAAAAAGAAAUUAGAGAAGGCAAGUUUGGUGGUGGAGGAACAAUCCAGAAUGCUAAUGGGAACAGAAUUGUUCAAGGCAAUGUAAACCGAGGAGAUGUAAAUCAGAAAAACUGCAGUCCAGUUGGUGGGUCUCUUAACAGAAAUGAUAUAAAUAAUCCCUGCUUAGAGGAUGGUAGGAUUGCCCAGGGUGAUUACAGAUCAUACACCAACUGUGGAGGGGUAGGUGAGUCAUCGCAAUCCAAUGCAAAUUGUGAAAGGCGGCCUUUCAACCGGAAAAAUAAAAGAAAAGCUGUCAUUGACCACAAGUUGAACUGUGGCCAGCUUUUAGCUGCUCUAAAGGAGAAAGGGAAUGCCUGCAGCUCUGUAUGGUCUCCUGUUUGUGGCACUGAUGGAAAAACAUACAGCAAUAAAUGUCUCCUGUGCUUGGAAAUUGAGAGAACUGAAGAUGUCCUUGCACUGAAGCAUGAAGGGGAAUGCUCUAAAGUUGUUAAUGGAAAGGUUGAUUGCAGCAAGUAUUCCCAGACCGGAGGAAACGUCCUUUGCAAGAGGAGUACUCAGGAGGUUUGCGGCACAGAUGGUGAGACAUACAGCAACGAGUGUACGCUUUGUGACAGAAUCCUGAAAAUGAAAUCUGAGAUUGGUAUAAAGAAUAUUGGACCCUGUCCUAAGGGCAAGUGAUAGAAGACAUGUGACAUCAGGCAAAUAAAUGAAUCUUCAAGUUCUUCAAAGCCUGCCUUCAUCCUUCUUCUGUUUAUGCAGCAUAUAUGAUAAUACAGUUGACACAAUCCUGAACUGUCCUAGAUGGGGCUGGACUUCAAUGGCCCAGUAAACCAUCAGAUUUAUAUCAUCCUAUUGAGUUCCAUUCUUGCCUCUCCAGUACUCUCUUUGGAACAUCCUGUCAUCUCCACCAGUCUCAAUGUGCUUCUCCAGUAAAAUAAAUUAGGAGCAUCCCUAACAGUUUUCCAUACCUAAGGAUAUAUUUAAUCAGUAGAAGAGUUUACUUUUUGUCAUAGAAGGAGGAAUAACAAUGUCAGUUGAUGGAACUUUCAGUACAUUGUUUCUUUGACCUUGAUUUAAUUCAAAUAAUAUUGUGCUCAUUCACAUCAAGAGUUUCCUUACAAUGAACAGUUGCAUGGAUUCCUUAAUAAUAAAACUUCACAUUUAUAUAGCU